CGAAGCUAGGAAGUUCACUUUUUGGGGCCACCAAUUCACCCCAGAAGGUCGUUACUAACAUCCGUGGAUUCCUUUCCAAUCGGCUGACAGGAGUGUCCAUCCCUGAUACAGGAUGGAAAGAUUCGAUACUAUCACUGCCGAAGAAAUGGCUAUCGACGUCGGAGGCGACCGACGAGUUUGGAUUCCCGGAGAUGCUUCCAAAGGUACCGGUCCCGACCUUGGACCAAACCAUGACCGAAUACCAACGGGCUCUCCAGCCUAUCCUAUCACCCCAACAGUUGGAACACACCAAAGCCAUCAUUAAACAAUUCACCGCGCCUAAUGGGCUCGGUGCGGCGCUGCAGCAGUACUUGCUGGACAAACGGGAAGCCGAGGAAAACUGGGCCUACUACUAUUGGUUGAACGACAUGUACAUGGACAACCCGCUGCCAUUGCCAAUCAAUUCGAACCCCGGAAUGGUUCUGCCCCCGCGGAAGUUCACCACCGUUAACGAUUUGGCACGUUUCGCCGCCCAAAUCGUGGAUCAUCUCGUUAGUCACAAGGAAAUGUUGGACAGCGGGGGUCUGGCACAGGAACGGGCCACUUCACGCGAAAAGGGUCAACCGCUGUGCAUGGCUCAGUAUUACCGGCUUCUCGGGUCCUGCAGACGACCUGGCGAGCAACGUGACAGCCAGUACUUGCCGGAGAGGAGGACCGAUGAACAUGUCGUAAUUUGUUGCAGGAAUCAGAUGUACUGUCUUCCAGUGAAAGCGGGCGAUCGGGGGCGAUUGAAUGAAGACGAAAUUGCUUCCCAAGUGUUGCACGUUCUGAACGAUGCUCCGUGUCUGUCUAAGAAAGCGGCCCGAAUCGGUCUAUUAACGACUGAACCGCGCCCACGGUGGGCCAAAGACCGAAAGCUGCUGCUAUUGGAGGAUCAGAACGCACGGAAUAUCGAACUCAUCGAGCAGGCACUGGUGCUGAUCUGCAUCGAUGAGCCCAUUCCGUUGACGUUCAAUGCCAGGGGAUUCAAUGGUUCUCCAGCGGGGGCGCACUACUGUGGCGGUCGAGACGAAAGCAACAUGGCCCAGGAAAUGAUUCACGGCGGUGGUAGCGAAUACAAUUCAGGCAAUCGCUGGUUCGACAAGACGAUGCAGUUGAUCAUCUGCAACGACGGCACCUGGGGCUUGUGCUAUGAGCACUCGCCAUCGGAGGGAAUUGCAGUGGUUCAACUGUUGGAGGGUAUUUACAAGAAGAUAGACGAAUCACCGGCCAGAGAGGAAAGCGGUUCCCAGGACCAUCUACCACCGCCGGAGCGUUUGGAGUGGAUUGUUCGCCCGGAGAUUGAUCAGCGGAUCUGCGAAGCGGCACGUAAUGUCGAUAAAAACAUCGAAGAUCUUGACUUUUACGUAUAUCGAUAUCGACCGUUUGGGAAGAAUUUCAUCAAGGCCUGUCAGGUUAGUCCGGAUGUAUUCAUCCAAUUGGCACUGCAACUGGCGUACUUCAAGCUCUAUGGACAUCUAGUGAGCACGUAUGAAAGUGCGUCGACAAGAAGAUUUGCAUUGGGACGAGUGGACUGCAUCCGUUCAGCCAGCACGGAAGCGCUCGACUGGGCCAAAGCCAUGUGCCAAGGAGAAGGAGCCAACGUGACCCUCGAAAGCGACAAGGAAGAGGACUACUGCAGCGGAGCACAUGAUGCUAAAAAAAGAGACAACUUAAGGGAGUUGUUCCGCUGCGCAGCAGCUCGUCAAACGGAGGUAAUGGUUCAGAAUAUCUUAGGGCAUGGGAUCGACAUUCAUCUGCUGGGGCUGCGGGAGGCAUGUCGGGAACAACAAGGAUCGCUCCACGAGCUCUUCACUGACGAGAGCUACAAGAUUGUUAACUGUUUCCUCCUCUCCACUAGUCAGGUCGCCUGUUCGACAAACAGCUUCAUGGGUUAUGGGCCUGUGACUCCGCACGGGUACGGGGCAUCCUACAAUCCACAUCCGAACGAGAUCAUCUUUUGCAUUUCGGCGUUCUUCUCGUCGGACAAAACUAGCGCUUCGCGGUUCGCCCGCUCACUCCAGGACUCGCUCGAUGCCAUGCGCGAUUUGCUGUCGUAAGCUUGCCCGGCAUCGUGAACUCACAGGAGGCCUUACUGUGGGAACCAUCGGUUCACUCUAUGCACUCCACCAGCAGCAAAAUGGUAUCGCAGGAAGAUGAGAAGCUGCACACUAAAGUAAAGUGACAUUUUAAGUAGAAGAAACAAAACAUAUCAACAUUACGGUGUUCAACCAAGCACUAGAUCGCAUACAUAUCAACUAGUUGUGAGAAAUUACGAAUGAUUUUAGGAGUUUAAAUGACCCCGGUCUGGGUUAAGGGGGUGGUGCAAUCAAGCCACUUCUCGAACGCCAUUACAGGGGAUCCAACCAAAGAAACUGAAACAUAUCAUUAGCUUGUAAGAUGGAACUAUACACUUAGAAUCGAAAUCACGAUAAAUCUAAUAUUGAUUAGAAUAAGAGUUGACUAUCUAAACAUUGCACUGAUUAUGAGCUUGUUAUGAAAUAUUUCGAGAUAUUUAACUUGUUGAAUUGAUGUUUUGUUAAAUUUGAAGGGUUGAGUUAUUCUACUUCAACUGCGUGUAGUAGCAAUAUUGAAAACACUAUUAGACAUAUAUUCAUGAUACAAACAUGUUCUGUUCAGUUUCACUAUUUUACAACACUAUUUCAAUAUUCAUUUCGCCUUCAACAUUGAGAAAUUUAGAAAUGGUAAAGUGUUGCAAAAUAAUGAAAUUCAAUUAAACAGAGGGAAGUGGUGUAUUAGAUGUGAUUUAUUUUUCUCAAUGUGGUUAGGUUUUAAACCGAUUACAUAUAUUCAUAAGAUGUUCAAAUUUAUCUUUAUUAAAUAAUCCUGAAAUUUAAAAUCUAUUGUUAUACUCACCCAAAUCUAUGUUACGU